AUGGUAGAAGACACCGAAAUAAGGAUCAAAGGAAGCAGAAAAGGCAAGAACACCCAGGUUCAGGUAGACAAUGAUGCCACGAACGAGAACGAGCCGGAGGUCAUCGACAAUGAAGCCAACAAAGACACUGACUCUGACUCUGACUUCGAUGAUGGCAACAACCACUCCCUCGAUGAUGCUUUAAUUAAUGCCCUGCAUGGAACAAUCGACACUACCGGAGAACACAAUGUAAAUUACCUCAUUCUAGAUGUAAUCAAAGAGUACCUUACUUUCAAUCAAGUAUGGAGAAAGAUCGAAAACAGUCUCAUGAACGAAGCCACCAAAACAUCUCACAGACUUGCACUCAUCUCGCAGCUCAAUGAUACAAAGAUGUUUCACUCGGAUGUCAGAAAGCUAAUUCAAGAGAUCCGGUCCAUACAGACUGAAAGCAGCCUCCUCGGCAAACCAUUUGCUGAUGAUACAUUGUUCUUGGCUCUGCAGAAAUGCAUGAUCUGGCAUCUGGUGUAUAAGGAGAUGGUCACUACCAUCCAUCAAAUCAACUUCAACACCCUAGCCACUGCACUAAGCAUCCAGCAGACCACUGUCGAGAGCAUUCCCAUGCAAAAGAUUGACCCCCGACAAGCCAGUGCUAGAACUGCCAGCAACAACAAUCAAAACAAAUGGACCAGAGAGACCGAAGCCGAGGCUGACAACAGCCACAUGAGCCUGAGGGACGCAGGCAGACCAUGCCGAAUCUGA